CUUCCAUCUGAACAAAGAAGCUGCCGCAACAAAAGGCUUUACUAUGUAAAAUCUAUUAAGUUUAUAUAAAUCGCAAUACUAGCGUUGCGGAAUUCUGAUUCUUCCGUCGGCCGUGAUUUUCGCCAUCUUGUCAAGCUUUCUUUUUUUUUCGCGACUAAUUCAACGUGCGCGCAUGCGCUUCUGCCUUCCGAGAAUUUUGAUCGAUAAAUUAUUUCCUAGAACUAUUGUCUUGAACGGACCGAAAUGCUUAAGCACAAGUGGCACCGGAGCAACCGGAGUUCGGUUCGCCUGCCCAGAAGCGAAUUUAUUGAAAUAAGACCCCGAAUGGAGGACAAUUGCGAAGGAGAAAGCCGAUGGGGACCCCAACUAACCGUGGACACUCUUUCACCCAUAGGCGGCAUCAAGAUGGUUAAUCCAGAUAAAGGAUCAGAGAAGCUCUCGACUUGGAACGGAUGCACUUCUACACCCAAGAAAAAUGCAGAGGGCAUGAAGGUAAACCCAGCUGUGCAGCCCCCCAGUGACCCACUGGACGUCCACUUUGGCCGACUUCUCUCAGUAAGGAAGAGAUCGGAAUAUAUUUCGGAGUGGGACAGUCGCCUGCUGCCUUUUAGCGAAAUGAACAGCAUGGAGAAUGAGAAAAGUUCUUCAGAAAAAACAUUGCAAAGCAAGGAUUUCGAUCUACAAAAUUAUCAAGAAAAGCCUAAGCUAUCAAUUGAGGUUCCAAAGUGGGACAAUCCCUCAGGAAGCAUAAACAUAUCGAGCGACAAAGAGUGUUCGCCUGAUCGGAGCAAGAAAGCCAUAAAAAAACCUUUGAAAUUAAAAAUCAGACAAAACUGUGCUAAGAAAUCGUUAAGGCAUAAACCCUUCGCCUUGCAGCCAAGUCAAUAUAAUCCGCAUAAGGACAAUCCGUUGGUGGAUUCAAUCUGGAGCAACCAGCGUUCCGAGGACAUUGUUUUCCAUGAGAACCUGGAUAACAAGAUUUCCGUGAAGACAGUGAUGCCCAAUGCGUACUCCACCUUGCCGCUCUCCGGAAUUUGGCAGCGAUCCAGUGCGGCAAAUCGGGAAAUGCAGACCCAAUGGAUUGCUCCGCAGAGAGAGGAAAGCGGUUUUUCGCUCCUUGAGGGUCAGGACUCAGGACUCAAGGACUCAAGAGUUGGGAUAGAGAUGCCCGCGCUGCUGCCGCUGUCCCCGAAUAAGUACCCCCCUAGACCGAAGUUUCAAAUGGGAAACCAAAUGCUGAGCACUAACUCGGUUCCCUUGACCAGAAAGAGCGGUCCGGUUAAAAGGAAACGGGAUGCAGUGAAGAAGUCUGCCAGUAAGCGAACUCCGCAGAGUGCUUGGCACAGGGAAAACCUGUGCGAGUGCUCCUUGCGGGAAAUUCCACAUCUUGAUCCUUCCCAGAGCAGCGUGAUAAGGUGGCGGAGCAUCGAGGCGAUCUGCAUGCGCUUGCGGGGCCUCCAAGUGCCGGGCAAUCUUGGCCUUGUGAAGGAAACCCCAUCGUUCGACGACAUUUUCGACGUUCUGGGCAUCGACGAGCAGGAUCAUUCCCAGGCUCCACCAAAAUGGCUAAGUAAUUACGAGCAAGAUGACUGCACCGAUUCGGAGAACGAAACGAAGGUCAGGGUCAAAUGCGAAGAAGAUGAUUGCUUUGAAGUCUGUUAGGGUAAAGAAUUUUUAAAAUUAAAGACAGAAUACACACACAUAUUUUUUCCUACUAAUAACUAUUCUAAAUUUCCACAUUUGCUAUUUGUUUAAUGAUUUUAUAAU